AUGCUCGUGCUCAGGUCGGAUGAGGCCGUUGUCAUCAAUAAGCUGUCGGUUCUGGUGUUACCAGCUGCACUGCGUAAAGAGCAACCGCUCGGAGUUCCGCUGCUCAGCCGUGCCAGCAUUCUGCACGAGCUGGGCUUUACGUCCUUGCAUCUCGGACUCCUGUUUGGCGUUUCAGUCCCAGGUGCGCUUGAGAGAGACAGUUAG